AUGUUUCGGUCUAAACGGAACGCCCUCGUGAAGCGGCUCUGGAAACAUAGGAUUACAAACAAUGAAACCGACAGUACGACUGAAACUGUGGAAGAUCUGGAAAUUAAAUCGGUAGCACAAUCAAUGCUUAAGCGUUUGGACGAAAAACAGUUACAACUGUUAGUUGAUUCAGUGGAAUCAAAGGGAGGGGAAACCACAGAUUGUGUUUUGCUUCCAGUGGGAGACCUGAAACUCGGAAGAAGGAUGGUUGCCCCACAUAUUUUGUGUUGUCAGAUAUGGCGUUGGCCUGGCAUAUCAGAAAAUGUGGAAUUAAAACGCUUAUUGUGUUGUUCAUCGAUUAAUGACCAAACGCACAUUUGUUGUAAUCCGUACCACUGGAAUGUACAGAUGUCUGCUCAUUGUCGAUUAGAUACAGAACGGGUAAAAAUUAACACAGGUAACGUAUUUUCUUAUUGUCUUAUCAAUAUGAACGGUAAAUCAACUGAAACAGGAUUAACUCCUACAGCUCAUAGACAAUAUUAUUCAGAAGUUGAAGACCUAAGUGAAGAUAUUCCAUCCAGAUGUGGAGGUCCUCACUGGUGUUCUAUAGCCUAUUGGGAACUUCGACAGCGUGUUGGACGAUUAUUCACUGUUUUUAACCCAAGCAUUAGUGUGUUUCAAAAUCUACCUCAUGGGGAUGGCAUGAGCCUCGAAAUACUACAAAAUAAACCCAAUUUAGAAUCUGUGAAACGGACGAGAGAAAAAAUUGGAUUUGGAAUAAUUCUAAGUAAGGAAGCAGAUGGAGUUUGGGUGUAUAAUCGCUCAUCAUAUCCUAUAUUUGUGAACUCUCCCACCUUAGAUGAUCCUGAAUCAAGAACGUUAAUAGUGCGGAAAGUUUUACCGGGUUACUCAAUCAAAAUCUAUGACUUCGAGCUGGCAAAAGAGCUGGAACUCUCUAGAGAUCCUGCAUUACUGGAUGGACCGUUCGAUCCUUGUUCAAUACGCAUCAGCUUUGCGAAGGGCUGGGGACCGUUUUAUUCUAGACAAUUUGUGACUUCGUGUCCAUGCUGGUUAGAAAUAUUAUUAAAUAUAAAAAGGUGA